UUCAACCACUUUACCUCAAAAAAGUAGGCGUCGGUCAAUUCAAUCGUAAAGCGUUUCUCAUUGAGCUCAGACUUAGUUUGCUCGUCGCAAAAUAGAACAACAAUUCGUCUCAAAAACUCCAUAAAAGAUAUCAACUGAUUUAAAGCAAAAUGUGUGACGAAGAAGUUGCUGCUCUGGUUGUCGACAAUGGAUCCGGCAUGUGCAAGGCUGGUUUCGCUGGAGACGACGCUCCUCGCGCCGUCUUUCCGUCGAUUGUUGGCCGUCCACGUCACCAGGGUGUGAUGGUCGGCAUGGGCCAGAAGGACUCCUAUGUGGGCGAUGAGGCCCAGAGCAAGCGUGGUAUCCUUACGCUGAAGUAUCCCAUUGAGCAUGGCAUCGUUACCAACUGGGAUGACAUGGAGAAGAUCUGGCACCACACUUUCUACAACGAGCUGCGCGUCGCCCCCGAGGAGCAUCCAGUCUUGCUGACUGAAGCUCCUCUUAACCCCAAGGCGAAUCGCGAGAAAAUGACUCAGAUCAUGUUUGAGACUUUCAACACUCCAGCCAUGUACGUGGCUAUCCAGGCUGUGCUGUCAUUGUACGCCUCUGGUCGUACUACCGGUAUCGUUUUGGAUUCCGGUGACGGUGUCUCUCACACCGUUCCAAUUUACGAGGGCUACGCCCUUCCACACGCCAUUCUUCGUCUUGACUUGGCCGGCCGCGACUUGACCGAUUACCUCAUGAAAAUCCUGACUGAGCGCGGAUACUCAUUCACCACUACCGCUGAGCGUGAAAUCGUCCGUGAUAUUAAGGAGAAGCUCUGCUAUGUCGCUUUGGAUUUCGAACAGGAGAUGGCCACUGCUGCCUCUAGCUCAUCGCUGGAGAAAUCCUACGAACUUCCCGACGGCCAAGUCAUCACUAUCGGAAACGAGCGUUUCCGCUGCCCAGAGUCGCUCUUCCAGCCCUCUUUCUUGGGUAUGGAGGCCAGCGGCAUCCACGAGACCACAUACAACUCGAUCAUGAAGUGCGAUGUCGACAUCCGUAAGGAUCUGUAUGCUAACACUGUGUUGUCUGGCGGCACCACCAUGUACCCUGGCAUUGCCGACCGUAUGCAGAAGGAAAUCACAGCACUGGCUCCGUCCACCAUGAAGAUCAAGAUUGUGGCUCCUCCCGAGCGCAAGUACUCUGUCUGGAUCGGCGGCUCAAUCCUGGCUUCUCUAUCUACUUUCCAGCAGAUGUGGAUUUCGAAGCAGGAGUACGACGAGUCCGGCCCCUCCAUCGUCCACCGCAAGUGCUUCUAAGCAGCAGCAUAGCCUGUUGCUGAGCGGGGCGUGGUUCGGUGGAUGGAGGGGAGGUCGGCGCCUUUGUCUGAGCUGUGCCACUCCACACCAGCACCCAACGAACACACCCACGCAGACGAGAGCACGAGUAUUCGGCAUGAGUACAUUAAUGUCAGGAGCAGGCGCAAAACUCACCGGCUCCUUCUGGAAGAAUGCAUUCCAUAACAUUUUGAUACCUAAAUUUAAUCUUAAGCAUUUAAUCAGCAAGCCAGUAUUGUUGCAUUUCGAAAUUCAAGUUAUCUGCAAUUGGCAUAUUAAAUUGAUUCCCAUUUGGCAUUCACAUUAACUUCAUGCAUUCCCCGUAUCUAUUAAUAUACCAUAAAUACUUGUAACCGCUUCUUAAUAAAUUUAGGCGAAAGCCAAAGAACUGAAAU